AUGCGCAGCAAAAUACGGCUAUCACCAUCGGUCCGGGAUGCGCCAGAAGCAGCAACAAUCGAACGGGGAACCCCCCGCGACAUCAGCGCCCAUAGCGAUGGAACAACUGCACGACAGCAGGGGGUACAGCCAAAGCACGGUGUUGCUUCCGCCGGUGUAACAUGUGUGUGCUACUCGGGAAGCUCUCCAGCUUCUGGAAUGUCUUUUUCUUCCCCGCCAGCGACGUGUUUGGCUCAACUGCCCAUUCGCGAUAUAUUGGAAGACACAGUCGUCUCUGCUCCGUGUGCUUCUGCGGAAACCGAUCAGCAGUGUAGCAGUGCAGCUGUGAGCCCUGAAGUAAUUCAUGAUGAAACUUUCUUCCCUGAAGCGAAGGAAAGGGAAAUAUCCGUCGCCGUGACCUCUGCUCCAAGACCUCUACGCUCGCCAAGCCUCGAGCCGUUGGCGUCUACAUCGCUGGAGUUACUGCCUUCCUGGACCGCCCAUUCUAGCACAACUGAGCCUUCAGACGCGCCUCUCUCCUCUGCCGAGAUGUCAAUGCCUCUUCGGCUACCCUUCUGUGAGCCUGUAGCGGCACCACAGGUGCCGGCGUCGCCCGGUGUCCCCGCGAAUGAAGAGCUGUCUCUGUCGGGCACUUUCCGUCGAGCGACGAACAGCGUACCUGAAGCACCUGUCGCGCCUUCUCCGUCAGAGUGCCGUGUAAGGUCGCCUCUCCAACGUCAGUGUCGAAGGGAAGACAAGCAAAACCCGUUGGAUGAAGCGCGCCGCGGCUCACGCCGCUGCAGUGGUCAGCAUGCGUCGUUGGGUCGUCUAGACAGGAUGAUUGGGACGGACGUCCGUUCCUCGCAGCAUACGCUCGUCUCGCCAUGUGGUCCUUCGAGUGACCAACUAGAUAAACGUAGCCGCACGGCUUCAUGCACAUCAACUGCUGUCAGCCCCUGGUCAUCGAUCGAACAAGACACGGACGACAAGCGCAUGAAGACGUCAGUCUCCGCGGCGGCCUGUACUCCCACUAUCGGUGCACCCGACACGGAAGCCGCAUCGCGUGCGUUUUCGCCGAGUGGUGUUGACUCAGAAUGCUUUUCCAAGUCUGCUUGUCUCGGCAUGUCGGCGGCUUCCAGUGAGCUGCUGGUGCCUAGUUUGCGGCUCCAUGAGUGGGCGGCGGUUGAAGAGUCACCGAUCUGUGAUCCUCUAGAGGUAGCAUCUUCACCGACAGCAUCAAGUCUGCGGAACGGGCAGGCGUUGCAUGCACAUGACACGACAGCGGACGAAGGAUCAACCCCAGUGUCUCUUCAGGGUUCUCACGAGCGUGCUGGCCAUCGAAGCGGCCAGCGUUCCGAUGAGCACUCGUCAUCCUGGCCUUCUCAGUCUGCCGAAACUCGAGCUGUCCUGGGAGAAGUCGAUGCUGCAUUGGCAGAAGCAAACGAUGCGCUACAGGAUGCCGAUGCUGCAGCUGGUGCGCUUCUUGAUGAGUCGUUGGCCGCCGAGGUGUGCGUCCUUUUCAGUCGUCGCGAAGAGGCCCCCACAUCACACGAUAAAGAGCAACUUAGUCACCUGAACCUUGCCGGAUGUGGAAUUCCCCACGAGCAGCCAUUCGAGCGGGAGAGGGAGAGCACGAAAAGCGAAAACGACCGUUGCCGACCGUCUCAUAAACUGCAGCUCCAUAGCUGGGAAGAUUCCCUUCUGCAAGCGCCGCAUGGCCCGACAGAAUUCUCCAGCAGAACGGCCGCUCAAGUCCCAAGUGCCGGUAACAGCAUCCCUCACAGCCCUCUGCCGCAGUCUGACCUCGAUGCAGCGGUCGAAUCGCCUUGCCCCGCUUUCUCCUCUGUAGCAAUGGAGCCAUGUCUCACGGAGACUUCGGUGUCAACUUAUUGCGAAACACGAAUUGCGUCUUUGCCUCUUCCGGAAAGCUGCAACGACCACCAUCCUGGCAGCCAGCUUCUAGGUCCCAUGAGACAGUCACAUACACAGCCUUCCCCGAUGGAGAGCAAGGCUGCUUUCUCUUAUCUGCCCGUGAAAUACUCAUCCAUUCCGAUCCCUGACUUCUGCAAAUCUGGAGCCCCUGAGAAAUCUUGCACUUCCCACUCCGGCAGGGAAAAAGCCUCUCCCUCUGCAGCGGGGAGGACUGCCGAGUGCGAGAAGUCGAGAUCAGGACGCGUUCUGACUGAGGUCCCUGGAUUUCUGGCAGAUUCGGGGAAUCCAGCGAUAUCUUUCCUGUCGAUUUUGGAGGAUGAGCUUUUCUGCGCUCGCGCUCUUGCGCAACUCCGUCACAACGCGACUCGGGCACCUCAAGAGUCGAUGAGCGGGUGCACGGCGCCACAAGCAAAUGAGCGCCUACGCGUGGGACACUCAGAGCAAAGGAGGUCUUCCGUGAAUGCGCCCUUUUCGUUGGCCUGUGAAACACGUAAUCUGGUCCAAUAUGAAAUAGGUGGUACGCAGCCGAUGCCACCGACAGAGGUCGAAGCAGCGCCAGGAGAAACGGGAGAAGGACUUCGGCGACAAACGGGGGGUGAAAGCCAGAAAACGGCCGAAGUUGCUUCCGGACCUGCACCAUGCUUUCAGCUAGGUGGAAGCGCCCACAACGUCCCCGUGGCCAACGAUCCGUUUUUGUCCAGUCCUCUCCCCGUUCAGGCACCCCAAGAAUCUUUCGCAUGCAGUUCUGAACCCCAUGAUUCUGUGCCCCAGCUACCUAGCAUCUCCCAAAUUCCUGUAAACCCUGAAUCCCAAUCGGAACAUCUACAGCGGAUGGCGGCCACCUUCCCGCUCUCCCCGCCUUCUCGUGAGACACUGUUUUCCUUACCAUCACUGUUCGCGCCGUGCAGCCGCUACAGAUGGUGCCCGAAUCCCUCAGAGAAUUUCUCCGUCAGUGGUAGCAGUUCCCCGACGCGCGCAACCCCUCAAGGGCUCCUGCCCGCCUCAGUUACACUUCCGUCAUCUCCGCCAGACAAACCGUCUGUAUUAGUAGCGACCUCACCGCUGGCUCCGACAGCAUCUCAUUUGCAGACCGCACCGCCUGUCGGCAUUUCUUUGCGGACUGUUCCUGUUGAUCAACGGGUGCCUGAUCAGCGGAAAAUCGAUCUCGGGGCAGCUGCAGCAAUGCCAAGGCUCGUACCUUCCUCAAACGUGGGGCCGGACGUUGCUGUAUGUUGCACUGCCUCAUCUCUCUGGCAUGACGCUGCAUCGACCCCAGCAGACGACUCUUCCCGAGGGCACGCAGUGUCCCCGUUCCCGUGUAGAGAGUCGGUAUUAACUGGCGCUCCCAUGGCGACAAAACCGUUUGCCGCAGCCAGCGCGACAGACGUACGGACUGAGGCCGGGAACGCCAAAGACAGAUGCGUGCACCGUGACGCGUGUGGACAAGAGGGCAGGUCUGGCGGAUCUGCUGUCACAGUUUGUGCCGUGGAAGAACCCUGUACAAACGGAAAUCAGGGUGGGGCACCUGGUGUCCCGGCGAUGGCCACGUUUCCCUCACAGGCUCAGAAGUCGCUGACCCACGCACAGCCAAGGGCUUACCAUCCGUGGUUGAGCAGCAGUCCUUUGUUAUGCUCUCUUGGAGUCAUUUGUACGGCAGAAGGCCCACUAAAUCGCUCGCCAGAGACAUGCGGUGAAGCUCAUCCUGUGGAGCGUCCGCGUAAUUUCCAAUCGCGGCGCGGAAGUCAAAAUAAAGUUGACGUGUUGUGUAGUGAGAGGGCCCGAAGGAGCAUGUACCAUCCAAUGCCAUCUGAGCACGUCAUGAUGAAGCUUAAACCUUUGUCUUUCGGCGCCUGUUACUGCUCGGGUGCGUACCCGAAAAAUCGUUCCGGUGGACCAAACGCCGUGGGUCAGAGCGUCGGCUGCCCGACUGGCAGCAGCCGCGCUAGCCAAGGAAAGUCUGAGACCAGACUGAGUGACAGACGAGAGACGCUAAAUUGUUUUAGCCAAUGCCAUCUGGAACGUAUGGGGCCGGGGAAUCCUACCGUGGUUUCGCCGUCUGGCAGUCUGAAGAGGCCACAGCUGUUAGGGGAAGGGCAAUCAACGAGAAAACCGGGGCACUCGUAUAUGUUUGUAGUCCGGAUGCAAGCAAGAGCAGAAGAAAGGAGACACCGUCUAGAACAGCUCAAGCUCAGGAAGGCGAGCAGACUUCGCCUUCAAGAGCAACGGCAACGUGAAAAGCAACGACAGCAGGAAGAAGCGGCUGCUGGAGAGGAAGCGCGCAGGCAGCAGGUGAAACUGCGCCAACGCGCCGUCACUUACAGAAAAAGACGUUUGGAAGCUGCUACUUUAGCGGCCCUCUGCGCUGCAAGAGAGGCUACACUUGUGACGGUGACUGAAGCAAAAAGAACCCUUUCGAGGUGUCAGACUCGUCGCACAGUCAACUGCUGGAGGCUUAUAGUAGUGAGGCGUCGGUGCAUGGACGUGGCGAUUCCACUCGCGCGAGACACUCUUGCCCGUCAGUGGAUGCGGAAUCGAUCGGACAGGCUGAAGGCGGGGGCCUUCCGUGAGUGGGCAUCGAGCACAGUGGCCGAAAGGGAACGCGCAAAGGAGGUAAUGACAUGA